AUGGCAAAUUAUGUUUCAUCCUCAUCUCAUUCUCAUUCGCUUUCUUGUUCUGACUUUGAAGAUACUUCCUUUUGGAAUGAACUAAAUCUACCUUCUCUUUUGCAGUUUGAGAAUGAGUUGUACACACUCCUAGAACCAACUGUUGAAGGUAAAACUUUACACCAAAUUCAACAAAGUUGUUGCUUCGCCGAACAAUUAGAUUUCGACUGGGGUCUUGUGACUGACAUGCUAUGUGGCCAGAACGAUGUUUCACUUGAGGCGCCUCCAGUUGUACCUGAAUUAUCCAACUCAACUGAAAUCAUUGUAUUUGACAAGAGAACCUCUAAACACUGGGGUUUAAAUACUAUUUCAAAAUUCUUCCACUUACCCGCAGCCCAAGCAGCAAGGGAGCUCAGUGUAAGUGAAGAUAAGUUGAAGAGAAUGUGCACAAAAUUGGGAAUUAAACGAUGGCCAUACCGGAAAUUGCAAAGCAUGGACAACCUUCUUGAGAACUUGCAAUAUCUCAGCAAAGACAAAACAUAUGCUGUCCGCAAAGAGAAAGUUAUUGAGCUUCAAAAGGAAAAGGAACGAAUGUUAAAGGACCCAAAUAUUGAGUUACGUGCAGAGACUCAAGUAAUUAGGGAAUCUUCAAGAAAGAAAAGAAGAUAUCAACAUUUGAUGGAUAUUGCACACGCUGCUAAAUAUGACAAUUCAUGGAAACUUCAUGGCGUCAAAUCAGAAGUGAUAGAUGAACCACCUUAA